AUGUGUCUUCUCCUGAGAAGCGUUCCCGCCGCCACCACCACCACCACCACCAUGACAAGCACCAUGACAAGCACCAUGACAGCAGUGAUAGCCACGAUCACGACAAGCACCGACGUGCCAGUGGUGGUAGCAGCAGGAAGGACCACGACCGUCGCCAUCACAACAGCAGCAGCAGCAGCAGCAGCAGGGCUGCUGCUGCUGAAGGAGGGCGUGGUCGCAAACGCAGCAGGGAUCGUGACGAUAAGGGUUCCCGCGGCAGAGACGGCAGCAGCGGCAGCAGCAGCAGCAACAGCAGCAGCAGCAGCAGCGACAGCAGCAGCGACGACGACAGCAGCAGCAGCAGCAGCGGCAGCAGCAGCAAUAGCAGCAGCGAGGACAGCGAGGAGGAUGAGCGCAGCCGGUCCAGGAGCAAGGCUCAUCGCAGCAGCAGCGGAGGCGGUCGCGAAAAAAAGAGCCACCGAAGCAGCAGCAGCCGCAAGAAAAAGAAGAAACGUCGCAGCAGCGUGGACGGCAGCAGCACUGCGACCAAGGAGGACCGCGAUCGCAAGCGCCACAAGAAGAGCCGAAGCAGCGGCGACAAGUCGACCCGGAAGGAAAAAAAGGAGCCCCGCGAUCGGUCCAGGGACACACACCCCAAGAAGAGCAGCAGCAGCAGCAGCAGCAAGACGAAGAAGAAAAAGAAGAAGAGGAAGAAGGACAGCAAGUCCGGCUCCUCCUCAAAGACCAAGGACAAGAGCGGCGGUGUGAAGAUGAUGGGUGCGGUGGACCAGGACGCCUACGGAAAAAACGGGGUCCUGCGGGAGGCCGACUACUUCAACAAGCAGAGGGAGUUCGAGGUGUGGAUGAUGGAGCAGAAGAAGAUCCACGACACGGGAGGCAUGCCGAAAUGGGAGACGAAGCAGUAUUUCCGUGAGUACAUGGAGGACUUCAACACCUGCACCCUGCCGCACGACAAGUACAUCGAUCUGGAGAAGUGGGAGAUGGCGGAGUUUCACCGCAAGAAGGCCAGCGAGGCCAAGCGGCGCGCCUCGGGCGACGCCCUGUCGAUGAGGGAGGACGAGAUGGAGAUGAACCUCAAGAAGCGGAGGGCCAGGGAGGCGGCGAACGCCAAGUUCGACAACCUCGUCAAGGCCUCCAUCACGGGCUCCAAGCGCGAGAACAUGCAGAGCCAGGACCUGCUGCGGGCCAAGAUGCAGAACGCCUACAAGCACGGUGACAUGGAAACGGUGAAGCGCAUCGAGAAACGGCUCGAGCCGGACGAGAUGGAAGGGUGGAGAUGAGCACUUCGAGUCAAUCCUCCGAAGAACUGCUGUGCCUGGCGCUCCCCUUCCCUUUCUUUCCCUUUCUUUCCCUUUCUUUCCCUUGGCAAGAUCGGAGGGGACGAUCGGCCAUCGGUGAUCGGUCCUGUGAGAACAAUGCUCCGCCCCUCUCGAGGACGUGUGGCCAAUGGUCUAACCUCUCGUGGCAUGCAACACAUGGGUACGCCGCCGCCCCUUCCCGUUCCCCAAUCUUCUGUCCUGUCGCUGGAUAUCUAGAAUUGGCCAGCAGAACGCAUCAUCUCGUAGUGCGUGUGACAUGAGAAGGCAUUGAUGGUCUCGUGAACAGAGGGCAGGGGGCUACAGUAAGUGGUUGUUGCUUUCUGCAGUAAAUGGGUUGUUAACGGUUUCGAGUGGGCUCGGCUACCUUUGCGCAUGCUGGUAUAAAUCUAAGCGUUUAGCGGCUGUGUUUGUGGUGCGGACAGGGGGAUAUGUACCUUAUUCGAUUGGGUGACGCUGCUGCUGUUCUUGUCUGCGGGGACCCGAUUCU